AUGAAGCGAUCUGCCUCCUCUAUAAGUAAAAAUCGAGAUGUUACUACAUCUCGAAUAAAGCGUAGUCGAUUAGCUACGCCAUCGGAGCAAGAGGAGGAUGUUUUCGAAGCUGAUAAUGAUGUUGAAAAUUCGUAUGGAAAAGAAAAUAUGAUCACAAGCAUGCCAAAAUGUGUUAAGGAAAAUUUAACUCAAAAUAAUGUUAAUUCUGGUGAUAGUAAUCCUACUGCUGUUGAUCGAACACCACUUCGAUCGACGAUUUCUUUUUGUUCCUCAUCAUCGAAAGAUGUUGCGUCAUUGACGAAUAGCUUUACACAAGGUCAAUCGGAUAACAGUCUUUUUAGACCUAAUCGACUGUCAUCAUUAGUGGAUCGAAAUUCAUCAAUAACAAAUAAACCUACGCCAUCGGCCUAUGUUGAAGGUUCUCUUGAGUAUCGAGAGUUAAAGAGAUCGUAUUUAUUUGAGAAAAAACAAGCUUCAGAGUGGAAAAAAGAUUAUGCGGUAUUGAAGCACCAGUUGAAUGAACUUAAAUCGACCACUCUACCUCGACCAACAGCUGAAGCACUGGACUGGCUGAGAGAACUGUUUGAUCUACUCGAUAAUAAUGCUACCUUUAGAGGUGAUGGGAGAAGUCUGGAUAAAAUUGGUGAAGAUUUAGGUCUUGAUAGUACAAAUCUUAUCACAGUUGCUGCACGGACACCGCAAAAAUCCGCACUUAAGCUGUUUCGUAUUUUGUAUCCGACAAUUGGUAGUCGCGCAAAUUGUAUCUCUAUAUCCAACAUACCAGAUGAAAAAUUAACAAAUAUUUAUCUUUAUGUUCGCGUUUUGCAUCAAAAUUUAAGCUUUAAAAUGAGUGAUAUGAGAAGAGCAAUAGGAACGUCAAUUCGUUCUGCAACGCAUGAAAUGCGUAAGCUGGAACACGAACGACAAGAGCAGUUAAACGAACUAGAAAAUGAUGAAAAUCUUGAUCAAGCUGAACGAGAAGACCGAAUCAAUCAUGCGAUGGAUAAUAUGGAAAUGGCAUUGAACGCCAGUGAUACUGCGACGUGUGAUGAAGAAGAUGACGAAAAUGAAGACAUCGAUAAAAUGUCAAUGGAUGAAGAAAUCUAUGGAGAUGAUGAUGACGACGAACUAUAA